UGGUCUCAGCACUUUUGCAAAGCCCCGCCUAGAUACGACCGAGGACAAAAACAAACUGGCAUUGAAGGCGAACAACGAACAGUGCCACCUCCUCUAGCGCAUUGCGCCCAGCGGCCUUGCCCCCCGCAAAGUCGCUGUUGCUCAUCCCUUGUCAAACUUCGCCCCGGAUGAAAGCUGCUGCUGCUGUUGCCAGCCCCGUCAUGGGUCCUGGCUUGGAUACUCCUGCGACGGCGGCAGUCACUACCCCCGGAAGCGGUGCAGAUCGACGGCCCGGAUCAUCAUCAUUAUCAACCACAACAACAACAGCCACGCUCCCUUCUUCGCCAACCUCCUCCAUUCAGACAUCAGCGAACGCAAUGGCGGCCCAGGCGUCCGACAAACCCACUCAAUUACAGCGCUCAUCUUCAUCGUCUUCGCGUCCUGAGAUGAAGGCAACUCGGGUAGCGUCUCCCAACGUCAUCGCCAAGAGCGAUGGCAAGAACACCAACAAUAGUAGCAGAAAAGCAUCAUCAGCAAACAACACAACAGCCGACCAGACCACAGGUACCUCUCCCGUCGAGGCCAACGAUUGCCAAGCAGCAGAUGCUGCUAACGCAAGCCAAGACGACUCAUCCACUGGUCCUGGCAAGCGUAAGCGCAAGCCUAGCACGCUAGGUCGCCCACCUUCCACCAUCACCAUAGCACCAUCUCCUUCCCCUGCUGUCGCCUCAGGCAGCAGCAGCAGCGCCUGCAGUAAGCGGGAUGUCAGCGUCGGUAUCAGCUCUCAAAAGAGUAGGACUUCCCCAUCCAUCUCAGGAGCUUCUUCGUCGGAGCCAGGCAAAUUACGUAUCAAGGUCAGACACUCAGCGGGCUCUUCCUUAGUGAAGAGGCCGAAUCUGCCUAGUGUACGCGAGAAUACGGCAGGGUAUGACUCCGACGGAGGGCAGGCUGCUCCGCUUCGAGGUGAAGGCUUGCCGUAUUACAUGGAGGCAAAGAUGCGGGCAGCGAGGGACGAUGGCAUGGAGGUGGACGAAGAGGGAGACAUUGAUGAUGUGGACCAUCUCGCUGCCCCGCCGCUUUUCUACCAGCGAAGCCGAUCGGGACAUGCAGCCAUUGGCAAAGCUUCUUCAGAGCUGAGGAAGUCUUCAUCUGCCGCUACAAAUGGUCGCAAACGGGCAGCGCAGUCCAAGGCCCCGUCCGGGAUCUCUGCAACUGUCACGCCGCUACAACAAGGACAGUCUCGUCAAUUGCUUCUCAAACCACAACGACAAGUUGGCCACCAUCGAACCAAGUCGAUGCCUUCCAUCUCGAGUCAAGUGUUGCCUAGCAUCUCCCGCUGUCAAAGGAGCUCACUAGAGACUGCAGACCUCGGAGACGUGUCUGGCGCAGAGACCACAGAUGCCGAGGAUGAGGACGACUUCCACAGGGAGAUGAUGGAGGCGGACUUUGACGCCUUUGACUCUGGGGAGAGCUGGAUGGGAAAGUCGGGAGAAGUUGACACUCCUGCGACCACACCUCGGAGCCCUCAAUCGACCUGCGAUCCUCUUUCUGAUCACCACGAGGCGGCCUCCUCUGGCAAAGCUUCUGUGCGAAGCUCUUCGGAUCCAGAGAUUUCAGCCGUGGCUCCUGCCAUGGUGGACACUUCAAGCAGUGAAAAUAAUGGCAGCAAGACCAAAGCUUCUUCGAAGUCUGACAAUGCGAAGGCUGUCAAGAAGGAAGUGGACAGCAGUUCUACCGAGUCCUCUCGGGACGCAGUCUUUGCCCAUGCACUCCCUCCUUCUUCGAGAAGGACGCAGACUCAUGCUGGACUUCUGACUCUGUCGCUGCCAUAUGAUGAAACGAAGGUCUAUACUUCACCCAUUGGCAAACAGGGCAUGACUACCCCUACCCUCAAGCGCAGUGCAACGGGGCAUGGUGGCGGAGUCCGGGUCGUACGCAUCAAGGAGGAGGACGACGAAGAGGAUGAAUCAGCUUCGCAUCAGCUCUUGCGUCUACUGCACGACAGCGCUCAAGCACGUCUCGAAGGGCGCUCCAAAGCUGACGAACAUGACGAGACCACCUCUCCGCCGCUGAGCCCGACUCAGGCUCUUCUCAAAGCUGGUCCAGGCCGUGAGAACCACCUGAACCUACCAGGCACGGCUUCCUUGACCAGCAGUCCAUUCCUUUCUGCUGUGCAUCACCAUGCAAGCAGCGUGAGCCGCCCCGGCACCCCUCCCGCUGGCUUCAACCUCCCGCCAUCCAUCGUAGCGAAGGAGUGGAUGGUUCGUCGAGGAGGACAGAUAGCUCGCCUCUGCACGCUGAGGAUGACGAGGACGGCAACGAUUCGCCCUCCCACCUUAGUGCCUUCUCGCCAGAAGCCACCACCGCCGACUUGCGCGACCCACUGUUUAGUCUGCCGGAGACGAUGGACCUGGAUGACAUCGAUGUUGCCUACGGUGGGAAUGGUAGGGCUGCUCUGCUCAGCUCCUCUCAGGCCAGGCAUGCCGCCAUGGUGUCGAGUGGACAAAGCAUCAGCUUGCGCGUCGAAAGCGUCGUCGCACCCGAGGAUGGCAGUCGUCUUGAGCAAGAACAGCAGAAGGGAGGACUGUCGCAGCUACCUAGCCAUGUCACGGAAGAGACAGCGACGACCAGUGAGGAGGACAAGAUGACCGCUCAGCCAGCUGCAAAGGGCCGACGUCGCGGCGUCAAGCGGGCAUCUGACGUCUUCGAUGACAAGGUUGUUGCGGCAGAGGAGAAGGAGGAAGAGGUCGCCCCUGUGAGCUC